AUGUUGAUUUGCUACAUUCAUGAAGUUGCAAAACUGGAUGUGGAAAUCGCUUCAGUGUUAAUGAAAAUGCCAGUUGUGAAACCUGAAGAAGAAACAACAGACUUCCAAAAGAGAAGGCUGGGUAAGAUUGAGAAAGCAGAUUGGAGCAUGGUGUAUCAAAAAAAAGAUGGUGAUAAAGUUCAGAAAAGUUUGUUCCUUUUAUUAUACAAACAUUUAUACUAUGUUGCUACACUGAACAACAUCACGGGCUUAACUGUUGCAUGCAAAGCAAAUAAUGAUGCGGAUCUGAAAUGCUUCAAGGACAUGAUCAGUUGGUACCUUGUGAUUAGGAAUACCAUUUUGAAUUUGAUGACUACGUUGUUCAAGGUUCAAAAGAUACAACAAUGA